CCCGACGUUAGCGCCACCGUUGCCACGAUUCAUACUUGCGGGCGGCGUACGACGGGGGGGCCGCACGAGCCGUCUGCCCAGCCGGUACGCUGGCAUUUCAUUGAGCUUUCUUUCGAAAAGUACGCGCCGACCGCGAGCGGUCGUUGCGCUAAACCAAAGUCACCAUGGACGCCAUGUACACGGCUGGCGCGCACAUGACCAAGCACCUGCAAGAGAAUUUCGAAGGCUAUGACCGCUUCUUCUCGUGGGUUUCGUCCGUGGCCGACCCGCCGCGCAACGUGCUCUGGUACUAUCCGAUCGCAUUAACGUUUAGCACUCCACUCGGCAUCCGUAUCCUCAUCGCGUCAUCGUGCUCCGAGUUCCUAAACGUCGCCAUCAAGUGGGUGUUGAACGAGCACCGGCCCUUUUGGUACGUCAAACUCAAGUCGGACGUGGGCAUCCAGCUCGCGCAGACGCCUCAGACGUGCGAGACGGGUCCGGGCUCGCCGUCCGGACACGUCAUGAUCACUGCGGCCGUGCUGUACGUCGUGAUCCGCUACGCUCUCAGCUGCGUCGACAAGACCCGCCAUCCACGGCGCCGGUACAUCAAGGUGAUCGUGUGGCCCGCUUACGUCUGCUACCUGACCGCCGUCGGCGCGUCUCGAGUCUUCAUUGGGGCGCACUUCCCGCACCAGGUGAUACUGGGCUUCGCUAUGGGCGUCACGACGGGCUACUUCCUGGAGCGAUUCGACAUCGACCAGUGGUACUACCCCGAGUUCGUGACCCUCAGCGGUCUCAUGGCCAUGACGUGCGCCACUGUGUUCACCGGCUUCAUGGCGCUCGGAGUCGACCCGCAGCACACGGUUCACCUGGCGCUCGAGGCCUGCGACGACCCUCGCUACGUCAACAUCAGCUCGACGGUCCUCUACAGCAUGAUGCGCAACAUCGCGUGCCCCUUGGGGGUCGGCAUCGCCAUGUCGAGGCCCAACUUCGGCAAGGUGAUGGAAGGCGCGAAGCGGGCGCCCGUGUGGGCCAAGCUGCUGGCGGGACUGGCAGGCGUUGGCAUCGGACGCAUCUUGCUCGCCUGUCCGCUGCCCAAGCGGGAGUUGGGCAUCUAUGCCGGAGCGUUGAUCCAGUUCUGCUUCUUCUCCUUCGCCAUCAGCUACGGGAUCCCCUACGUCCUGUACAAGAACUAUAAGCAGGUCAACAAAGUUCUCGCGACACCUCCGAAAAAGAAGGACUCCUCUUCCAGUUCUUCCUCGGAUGAGGAGUAAAGAGGUAUACUGUAUUAGGGGUGUAGCAGCCUGUGGGGAGAAUGCCUAGGAAGACAGAGGGUGGUUUGCUGUUGUGCGGGGGAUGGCGCAUGCAUGGAUGCGCAAGUGUGUGUUCAUUUCGGCCGCUAGCUUCGCUAGAGGGCUCACGCGGAAUCUCAAAUUCCAAAGAGUGCAGCGUCUCGCCUAUGGUCCCUGCUAGAUGCGUGGAAAAUAAAGCAAAGCGGAAACGUGUCUUAGGGUUUCACCA